GCGCGGCCAACAGGCAGCGUAUCCCGCCGCCGCAUCGCUGCCCCAGGACCGUGCGAGGACAGCACGGCCAUCGACCAGUCGUCAGCACGCCAGCCAGCGCUUCGCUACGGCGACACGAUGGCCGCCAUCACCACCCAGGAGGAGCUGGCCCGGGACGCCACGGGCGCCGGCGCGCGCAUGACCAAGGCGAUCCUCAAGCAGUGCGCCGUCGACAACGAGGGGUACGAGAGUCCCGAGUUGAACGACAAUUUGUAUUUACAUUUUAAGGGCUUCCGUAAAAUCGAGAAUUUGGAGGAGUACACGGAGCUCAAAGGUUUGUGGUUGGAGGCGAACGGUCUUAGGUGUAUAGAGAACAUCAAUCAUUUGUCCAAAUUGAGAUGCAUCUUCCUGUCGCGGAAUUUGAUCGAAACGAUCCCAUCGACGGCGUUCCAGGGCGUUUCUAGUUUGGUUAUGUUGGACUUGUCUGAGAACCGGCUGACCAAGCUCGAGCAUUUAGCUGAUAAUUGCCCUAAUUUAGAAACGUUGAACGUGAACAAGAACGCCCUGCCUGAUGCGGCAUCGAUAGCCGAACUCGCACUACUUCCCAAUCUGAAGAACCUGCAAAUAGAACGCAACGAGCUCAAGGGCGAGGACAUCAUCCAAGCGUUGGCCGCCCCCCCGCAGCUCUGCGGCAUCAACGCGGCGGGCAACCCGUGCGUGCGCGAGAUCCCGCAGUGGCGCAAGAAGUGUCUGUGCGUGAUGCCUCUCUUGGCUUACUUGGACCGACCGGUGUUCGAGAACGAGCGCGAGGCUGCGUUGGCCUGGCAAGAAGGCGGCCACGAGGCGGAGCUCAAGUGCAAGCAGGACUACGCCCAGCGCAAAAAAGACAAAGAUAAACAAUCGAUGGCGCGCUACCGCCAGUGGCAGAAGGAAGUCCGAGCUCAGCACUUAGAAAGGAAGGCUAUGAGUGUUGAUGAUAGUGUUGGUGCGAGGUUAGAUCGGGAAGCGAGGGAACAACGAAGAGAUACGGAGGAGUCGCUCAGGAUCGAAGCGCGCGCCCAGGCGGAGGCGGACGCGGCCCAGAUACAAUCGGGCAAGAUCUUGAGUGCGGACAAGCCGGCGGACCACCGGCCGUUCCUCCCGAAGAACCACCCCGAAUAUAUUGAAGAGUCGUCUGACGACGAGGACGCGUACUUGAAACAGGCUUAUGGUAUUACCGACGACCUGCCGCCGCCUCCCGUCAAGCCGAAGGCGUCGAAAUUCACGCCGAAGCCGCCACCCCCACCGGAAGACGUCGUGGAAGUCGUCGAGGAGGAUCCCGUCCAGGAAGCGCUGAAGGCAGUGAAAGAAGUGGUCAAUGAGGCCGCGGCGGAGGCCAAGGAGAACAAUUUGCCAAACGAACAAGUCGAUCGGGUCCAGGAGUCCUUGUAUUUGUACAAGAAACAGAAGGAAGCGAAGAAGGCCGGGAGGUUGGCUCGAGAGCGGGCGAAAGUUACGAAGCCGGCGCCUCAGCAAAAGGUGUGGACCGAGGCCAUGGACACGCAACUCUCGGCUCUCGUACGGGAGACGUGUUUUGAUUUUGAGGAGGUCGCCAAGGGUCUCGGCGAGACGGCGGAGGCGUGUAGAGAAAGAUGGAGCUCAUUGGAUGGCGUCGUCAACGAGGGACCGCAGGACUUUGGCGGCUUGCGGGGCCCCGUCGCGGGCGUCGCCGUGAGACGGGGCGACGCGCCGGGCGAAGUCUACAAAGGAGAUCGGAUCCCGACCUUUGAUGAAUUGAAGCGGCGCGCGGCGGCGCUGCCGCCGCGCUUCACGGUGGACCCGGCAUCGCUCCCGUCCGUCGGCGACGUGUCCGACGACGACGGCGACGAGGUGGCGGUGUUUUCGAAGACGGACUUCGACACGCUCGAGUAAGCUAGAU